GGUCCUUGCAUCUCACGCAGUCACCAUGUCCGAGGUCUUCGAAACGUCCCGACUGUGUGUGAGAACGCAUGGAACUGCCCAGUCAUGCAUCACACGUGGUCGAGGAUGGUCAACUGACCAGACAGUCUGAUCUCAUUUCUCGCCGACCCCGCGACGAUGCAGGGUCCUAUGCCAAUGCCGCCAACCACAGACUAUAAAUGAGCACUCUGUGAGGCUUGUCGCGCCGAGUCGUCCUCGUCUCUCAGGCCCUCCUUCGUAGUCGGCGAUGCCCCUGGCGUGGCGCUCUGGCCGUGUUCUGCGACGCAGUAUGCUUUGCACUUACACUGACCCCAGUGUACUGGAUGCGUGUCCUGGCUACACCGCGACGAAUGUCCUUGUGCUGGCUGGCGAGGCAUGUAAUGUCUACGGCUCGGACAUCGAGGCACUCAGUUUGCAAGUGACAUACGAGACCGCCACGCGAAUCCAUACGCGUUACGAAGUCCCCGAAUCCGUGCUUCCCCGACCCUUGGCAGAUCCGUCCGUCGACCCGUCGACUGCUGCGAUUCAGUUCAACUACACCACCUCGCCAUUCUCUUUCACCAUCUAUCGCGCGUCCACUGGCGAAGCACUGGGUGUAAACGGUACGAACCUUUACGGCAACCACCCAAUCUACUUUGAACACCGCCUGAGCGGCACGCACGGCGUGUUUUUCCUCAACUCAAUGGCAUGGACAUCAAGAUCCCUUGAGUAUGACGUGAUUGGUGGUGUUCUGGACUUCUACUUCCUCGCAGGCAGCGAGACCGAUCCGACAGAGGUGCCAUACUGGAGCUUCGGAUUCCAUCAGUGCCGCUAUGGCUACACAGACUAUGUCGAGGUCGCGAAUGUAUCACUACAUGUACAAUCGCCGCAUAUUCACGUGGAUCCAGACUACUUCCCCUUGACCAGGAUGCGCGAGAUCGUCGAGUACUCCACGACCACGAUCAGCAUUACACAUCUCAUUUGUGAUUUAUGCUCUCGUCCAGUCCUCAUGACUGAUCCGGCCAUUGCAUAUGCGCCGAGCGAGAACUACGGCACGUAUGAUCGCGGUUACUUCCUCGGUGUCGUAUGGCCUGAUUGGUUCAAUCCCGCAUCCAAGACUGUUCUACAACCCUCAAAUGGUAUUGACAUCGACGGCGCCUGGAUCGACAUGAACGACCCAUCCAGCUUCUGCGACGUCCCCUGCACGGACCCUUCCACAAGCGAUCGACAACGGCGAUCCCCGGCCACCACCGCUGUCCAUGCAAAUGGAAUGGUGGAGUACAACACUCACAAUCUGUUCGGUACCAUGAUGUCCACAGCCACGCACAACGCCAUGCUGGCUCGACGCCCGGGACUACGCACACUUGUUGUCACGCGCAGCACAUUCGCCGGUGCGGGGACCAAGGUGCAGAAGUGGUUGGGCGACAACCUCAGCGACUGGGAGCAUUACCGUAACUCGAUCUCGGGCAUUUUGAGCAUGGCGAAUAUCUGCGGGUACGGUGACAACACGACCGAGAUAUUGUGCGCGAGAUGGGCCACUCUUGGGGCGUUCUAUCCGUUCAUGCGUAACCACAACACACUCGGAGCCAUUUCCCAGGAGUUCUAUCGUUGGCCGACUGUCGCGCAAGCAGCUAGGAACGCGAUUGAUAUGAGAUACCGACAACAAACCUUCGGGAUCGACCUCCAGUUCCUCUUCGGCCCGUCCAUCCUCGUAUCGCCUGUAACAGAGGAGAACGCAACCUCCGUUUCGAUUUACCUGCCCGACGACAUCUUCUACGACUUCAACACCUUCGAGCCAGUCCGCGGAAACGGGAGCUACGUUGAACUCGAUGUCAACCUGACGAGCAUCCCGGUGCACAUUCGCGGCGGUGCGAUCUUGCCCUUGAGGGCUCAGAGCGCGAUGACCACCACUGCGCUGAGGCAGCAGGAUUCGAGAUCGUCGUCGCCCCCGAUUUGGACGGCUCCGCUUCAGGUUCGCUCUACUUGGACGACGGUGUCUCCAUCACGCCGACGCAACGACCGAAGUCAGCGUCACAUACAAAAUGGUGCCGUCACGCUCAACGGUACUUAUGGGUAUGACCCCGGUGUGGGCAUCUCGAGGAUCGUUCUGCUAAUGCAGAAGAGCCAGUGGUGCGGCGCUGAAUGGUCUGGAUUUGGCGGACUCGGUAUCGUAUAA